AAAUUAAAAAGUUUGAACUUGCAAACAACAUCUCCGUGAAUGUGUACAGCAUCGAGAACAACAUUGUCCCGCUACGUCUUUCAGAGAAAAAAAGACAGACACGUCAAUUUGCUGUACGUGCAAGACGAAAACAGCGUUGGACAUUUCGCUUGGAUAAAGAAUUUAUCUCGACUUGUCAGUGCGCAACUGAGUAAAAAGAAAUGUAGAAGAUAUAUCUGUGAUCGAUGUUUACACUAUUUCAAUUCGGAAGACAAGUUGCAGACGCAUACUGUAGACUGUGGAAAAUUAAAUGACUGCGCUAUCCGAUUACCGAGCGAUAAGGACAAGUGGCUUAGCUUCAACAACUACAACAGAAAGGAGCGGCUUCCGUUUGUGGUGUACGCCGAUUUGGAAUGCGUUUUGAAAAAGAUGGAACAAGAAAAAAUAUUUAACGUAUAAGACGGGCAAC